CUAUGUGUUCCAAAGGUUAAACGCUACCAUCGUCCUCUUUCGGCCAAAUAAUUCCUCGAAUUAAGCAACAGAGCGAGCUGAGCCCGAGAAAUGGAGACAGGAUCUCAAGCAGAGAGAUCAGGUCCUCCAUACUCGCUACCUCCAUACCGGUUGCAGAGCGAGGACAUACUCUUCUGCAUCGACAUCGAUGCAGAAUCGUCGGUGGAGAUGAAGGUCACUGGCGCCAAGGGUCGUCCCAUUACUCGCCUCGAUUCCAUCAAGCAGUCGCUUCUUCUCUUCGUCAACUCCAAGCUAACCAUUAAUCCCGACCACCGCUUCGCCUUUGCCGUCCUUGGCCUGUCAGUUUCAUGGCUUAGGAGGGAGUUCAGCAAUGAAGUUGGCGCUGCAAUGGCAGCAGUCCAAUCACUUACAGCAGCAGCCUCAUCAUAUGGAUCGGCAGAUCUCACUCAACUUUUUAGAAUUGCAACCCAAGAAGCAAAGAAUUCUCGUUCACAGGGUCGUCUUCUUAGAGUGAUACUCAUCUACUGCAGAUCAUCAGUUCCUCCUCAGCAUCAAUGGCCAUUAAACCAGAAGCUCUUCACCUUGGAUGUCAUAUACCUCCAUGACAAGCCAGGCCCCGAGAAUUGCCCACAGAAGGUCUACGAUAUGCUGGUCGACGCCCUCGAUCAUGUAUGCGAGUAUGAAGGAUACAUAUUCGAGAGUGGACAAGGCCUAUCUCGAGUCCUUCUCCGCCAAAUUUGCAUCCUUCUAUCGCACCCACAACAGCGGUGCCCUCAGGAUGACCUUGACAUCCCUAAGUCACUCGAGAAGAAGUUGCCGCCGCCGACUGAUCCGACAAUCGCCGAUGAUACUUCCACCACCAUCCAGUAUGCAAAUGCCCCUUGAUUAAUUAAACCAUAGUUGUGUCAAUGACAUAGGCCCUCUGUAGCCUGUAUCUUACUGUUCUUAUCUUUAUAUAGUUGGAGAAAUUUAUCAGAAAUAUUGCUGGCUGCUGUUAUUUGGA